AUGCAGCCCCUAGGCCUCGAGGGUACCCCCGCCAUCCGCCGGCGACCUCUGCUGCGUCUCCUGCUCCUGCUGUCUCUGCUGCCGCCGCGGCCGAUAACCCGCGCCCAGACCACACCGGGAACCCCCAGCUCCCGGACCCCGCCGGCCACCUCCAGCGCCCCAAGUCUGCGGGAGCGCGUGCGAGCCCUGAUGCGGGACUUCCCUCUUGUGGACGGCCACAACGACAUGCCGGUUGUGCUGAGGCAAUUUUACCGCAACGGGUUACAGGAUGUCAAUCUGCGCAAUUUCAGCCGUGGCCAGACCAGCCUGGACAGGCUUAGAGACGGUCUCGUGGGCGCCCAGUUCUGGUCAGCCUACGUCCCAUGCCAGACCCAGGAACGGGAUGCCCUGCGCCUCACCCUGGAGCAAAUUGACCUCAUCCGCCGCAUGUGUGCCUCCUAUUCUGAGUUGGAGCUUGUGACUUCAGUUAAAGCUCUGAACAACACCCAGAAGUUAGCUUGCCUCAUUGGUGUGGAGGGUGGCCACUCGCUGGAUAGUAGCCUUUCCAUCUUGCGUACCUUCUAUGUGCUGGGUGUGCGCUACCUGACACUCACUCACACCUGCAACACACCCUGGGCAGAGAGCUCAGCUAAGGGCAUCCAUUCCUUCUACAGCAAUGUCAGUGGGCUGACCAGCUUUGGUGAGAAGGUGGUGGUGGAAAUGAACCGCUUGGGCAUGAUGGUAGAUUUGUCGCAUGUCUCAGACACUGUGGCUCGGCGAGCCUUGGAAGUGUCACAGGCACCUGUGAUCUUUUCCCACUCGGCUGCCCGAGGUGUGUGCAAGAAUGCCAGGAACGUUCCUGAUGAUAUCCUACAGCUUCUGAAGAAGAAUGGAGGCAUCGUGAUGGUGUCUUUCUCAGUGGGGGUGCUGCAAUGCAACCUGUUAGCCAAUGUGUCCACUGUGGCAGAUCACUUUGACUACAUCAAGACAGUCAUUGGAUCCAGGUUCAUUGGCAUUGGCGGAGAUUAUGAUGGGGCCAAACGGUUCCCUCAGGGGCUGGAGGACGUGUCCACGUACCCGGUUCUGAUAGAGGAGUUGCUGAGUCGUGGUUGGAGUGAGGAAGAGCUCCAGGGUGUCCUUCGCGGAAACCUGCUGCGGGUCUUCGGACAAGUGGAACAGGUACGGGAGGCAAGCAAGGGGCAAAGCCCCCUGGAGGAUGAGUUCCCGGAUGAGCAGCUGGGCAGUUCUUGCCGCUCUGUUCUCUCACGUCUGCAUCAGACACAGUACCUGGCUCCAGAUCAGAAACUAACUGAGACUUCAGCACAUUGGACACCUAAGUGGUCACCUAAACAAUCAUUGUCAAAAUCUCCCCCCAACAUGGCUCCAGGCCUCACAGUUAUUGCUGCCUGUUUAGUCCUCAUUCUGUGGUUCUGGUGACCCAGUUCAUCCUACCAGAUGUUACUAUGGCAGCCGCAGACACCCCACAAUGUUCCCCCAUCAUUCAGGCACAAAUGACAUGGAACCAGGCAUGAGUGUCCUUUUCUGUGGAGGGGUCUGGUGGCACAGGCUCCCCAUUCUGGUGGUUGGUAGGGGACCCUGCAGUUCAGCCACCAGUUACUCAAGUAAGACCUGAGUCUCACUAGCAGGACAGGAGAAGACCCUGAUGGUUGGGCUCAGCACUGGAAGAAGAUAGUGGAUCAGGGUGCCCGGGUGGCUCCAUCGUUAAGCAUCUGCCUUUGGCUCAGGUUGUGAUCCCAGGGUCCUG